AUGGCCUGGAUACUCUAUUUUCUAGUUUGGAUGACUGCUCUUACCAUGAGCCUCUCCUAUAAUACGCCAGUGCCUCAGUUCUGGGGAUGGGGAAGGCAAUACAGUAUAGACCGCACUUGGGAGGUAGCAGCAUCAUCGUACAAAUUUCCGCUGACAUCACAACGGCUACGCAUCGCACCUCUCCCUGAAGUCAUCAGUGAAGAAAAUGUUAGAUCAUCACAAGAUUUCCGUGCUUAUAGGGUAAACGAGAGAUCUAUUGCUAAUAGCAACAUACAGAAUGUCCCAAUCGAAGGAAGAAUACAAGAUCAUAGGUCAAUCGAACCUAUACAAAGGCGGUCGGAGAAUGGAUCAUCCAAGAUACUGAAUAACUUUUUGAAGCCAGUAAGGAGGAGAGGUCAAAUCGACAGCAACCCAAUUACCUUCCCCGGACCGACUGAUAGAACAGUCAGUAGUAGGUCUGGUUUUGAACCGGAAAUUCCAGAAUCAUGUAGAAAUUCGUCAUUCUGUGAGGAUGUACCAAACUACCCUCAAGAGGAGGUUGACCAACUCAUUUCUGAGUUGGGGAAUUCACUGCAAUUCCAUCUCGACAAAUUGUACGUGCCUGAUACACCAGACAUUAACCAGAGGUUAGGUCCUGUGGAUGAGAACGUAGAACUGUGCCAAUUUGACGAAAAGGUAAUUUACCCAAGAACUGCUCUGGGGUCUGACGGCAAAUGGUUAUCUUUGUUAAACCGAAGAGACAAUCCAGUACAAGGUUACAGAGUGGAAGUAUGCAAUUUUUCCGCAGGUACAGGUUGUGCCAAUAUUGCAGUUUUCCAACAAGGUUACGAAGCCAGUUGCAGACAGAAAUAUGUUUUUCGAAAAGCGACAGCCUUCGAUAAAACUAGCGAUGGCCUCAAAACAUAUGAAACAGAAAUCAAGCUGCCCAGUUGCUUGGAACUACUAAGGAGAUAUUAUUGUUCACGUCACAAUAUGACUUCUGGAAGCAGUGAAGCCGACAAGUACUCCAUUGCAUAUGUGACAGUACCAACUAUAGAAGAUGGUAAAACUAUUGCCCGUUUGCUUGUUAAAAAUAAAGUUGCCGCAUGUGUCAAUAUUAUUCCACAAGUUACUUCAAUAUAUGAAUGGAAGGGGGAAAUGACUGAGGAUAGUGAGUUGUUAAUGAUGAUCAAAACAAAAACUUCAGAGGUGGAUAGAUUGACUGAAUUAGUUCGCAGCAACCAUCCAUACGAAGUGUGUGAAGUCAUUUCGGUACCCAUCAAAAAUGGAAAUCUUCCAUACUUGGCUUGGAUUGGGCAACAAGUUACUAAUACUUAA